GGCAUGUCGAACGCCAACAGCGAGAAGGACCGCGCGCUGCAGUCGAUCCGUAGCCGCGCCGACCACCUCCGCCAUACGAUCACGCAGCUCGAGUCGCGCCUCGCGUGGUACCCGCUGACGCAAUGGCCGUACUUUUUAAGCCAGUUCCAGGUCAUCUCCAAGCAGCUCGAAAACAUCAUGACGCUCAAGGACGACGAGGAGCUGCCCGAGAGCAUGCACCACUUUGUGUGCAUGCCCCGCAUGUCGACGCCCAACCCCGCCGACAUCCCGCUCUUGCUCCGGACACGUGAAGACCCGGAGAUGGAAAAGGCAGACGAAGAGCUCCUUGCGUCCGAGCGCGUGAACCCGCUCAAGCGCAAGGCCAGCUGGACGUGGGAAGAGCUCGAGGGCCAGAAGCUCGCGCACACAGACAUGGUCGAGACACUCGAGAAGGCCUUCAAAGAGGCGUCCGACGUGCUUCUCAAGGAGAUCCGCGUCGGCAAGUUCCAGGAAAAGGUCAAGCCCGUGAGCACCCAAAGCUCCGUGUACAAGUACAUGGAGACUGGUCAAUGGACCAACUAAUGUAACACGACUCCGUCACGACGAUGAAACGAGA